GAUCUGCAAACAUAGAUGUCGAGUUCUGUGUAGUCAAACAAUUAUGGCUUCCGUUGGCUAUAGGGAGAAUUUAUUUUUCAACCUUACAGAAGAGGAAAAGGAAGAGUUCACGUGUUCAAUAUGUUGUCACAUCUUACGGCAGCCUCAUGAGUGUCAAAAUGGCCACCAGUUUUGUCAUUUCUGUAUUACAAGAUGGAGUCACCACGCUUCGCAUGGUUCCUGUCCAAUGUGCCGAGUGGAUGGACUUUACCGCGAGAAUGUCGAGUUAGAAGAUCGUAUAAACCAGAAAAUUGUACGAUGCGAAUGGAAAAAAUGUUUUUGGACUGGGCCGCUGGCGAACUUGGAAACACAUUUGCAUACUGUUUAUGUGGAAAGGAGUAAAAGAGAUGCAUAUCGUAGUUUGGGAAUGGAUACGAAUCGAUCUCGGCAAAGUGAACGGUCACGAAAAACUGAGCAAUCAAUCAUGAAUCAAAACACUGCCUUGUCACAAAAUAUUCAGAAACUUGAUUUACAAAGUCAUGCUAAGUUCGAGAAAAUAUACAAACGUAUCAUAGAAGAUGAAUGGCAAAAGUUGAAAAAAGGAGAAAAUAUCAAGCGCCGUUUUAUGAAAUUAAAAAGUCACAUUGAAGAAGAAGACAUGCGCAUGAUUCAUAGAAUCAAAGAAGUAGAGAUGAGGAAACUUAAAGAAAUAGAAAACAAUAAACGAAGAGUUCAAAGUCUAGAUUUAACUAAAGAAAAAUUCAGAGAUACUUCUCUGAGAAGAUCACUUCGAAAAGAUAAAGAAAUCAAAGAUGAAAAUAUUUUACAAAAGCAUCGGAUAGAAAAUAUGCUGAAGAGAAGAAAAUCGGAAAAAGAAAAGAGUGAAGAAAAAUUGAAAGAAAUAGAAAGAGUAAAAUCGGAACGUAGUGAAAAUUUUCAACGCCGACUUGAAAGGGAAGAACGUGAAUGGAAAGAAAAACUAGCAGAUUUAUUGAGAAAGAUCAGAGAGACAGAAAAAAAGAAGAACGAAGAAAUAAAAACCAUGCAAACAGAAAUACAAAGUGAAAGAAGUAGAGAUAAAGAGAAAGGAUAUACACACAAGAAUAUUUCUUUUUACAAUGUUUACAGAAAAUGAAAAACAAAGAAAUUUGAAGAUGUUCUUCAUCUUUGACGAA